CUGUGAUGCUGCAGCUCCUGUAGGCUCUUCAGUCUCCAGUAAACAGCAGUCAUGGCGACAGUGGUCCAACCGCUCACACUGGAUCGAGAUGUUGCCAGGGCUAUUGAGCUGCUGGAGAAGCUGCAGGAGUCAGGCGAUGUUCCCGGUCACAAGCUCCAAUCUCUGAAGAAAGUCCUUCAGAGUGAGUUCUGCACAGCCAUCAGAGAGGUGUACCAGUAUAUGCACGAAACAAUUACAGUGAAUGGCUGUCCAGAGUAUCAGGCCAGGGCCACGGCUAAGGCCACAGUUGCAGCCUUCGCAGCCAGUGAAGGUCACUCUCACCCGCGGGUGGUGGAGCUACCGAAGACGGAGGAAGGGCUGGGCUUCAAUGUGAUGGGCGGCAAAGAGCAAAACUCACCUAUCUAUAUCUCCCGCAUCAUUCCUGGAGGCGUAGCUGAGAGGCACGGCGGCUUAAAGCGAGGGGACCAGCUCCUGUCUGUGAAUGGAGUGAGUGUAGAGGGAGAGCACCACGAGAAAGCGGUGGAGCUACUGAAGGCAGCCAAGGACAGCGUGAAGCUGGUGGUUCGCUACACCCCCAAAGUGCUGGAGGAGAUGGAGGCCCGCUUCGAGAAGCUGCGUACGGCCCGGCGGCGUCAGCAGCAGCAGCUCCUCAUGCAGCAGCAGCAACAGCAGAAUCUGGCCUCUCAGCAGAACCACAUGUCGUAGGCUGUUCCAAAAGAAGAAGAAGUGAAGAAGUGUGUGGAUCUUUAAGGCCAUCUGUUUGUGUUGAGGAUCCCAAAGGCGUCUCUCCAUCAUGGAGCAAAACCGACCGAAAGUAGAAGACUCUUUCACUCUCUCCCUUCCAGUGUACCACCGAUUACUGAGCAAAAACGAAGAGAGCGUUUGUCCUGAAUUUGGUGCUUUGAAAAACAAGUAUGAGGGAGGCUAACACUGAAAGUUUUGACUUUAUAGUCCCUUUUCUAGGUUCUACACCCCAGUCGUGACUUGAAUACUCCCUUUCUUGUGUUUGUAGUUUGGUUUAUUUUAUCCACUUGGUUUGCUUUCAUCCAUUUUGCAGUGGAUCCUUCGCCAUUUUUUCCAUAGAUAUCAUUUGUACAGUGUUGUUUCUAUUGAUUCCUCUACUGGUGCUUGUGUCUCUGUAUGAAAGACCAUUGAUUUCCUUUUUCUGUGUCCUGUUUUUGAUGAACUCUUUUUUACCUUCUAUAUUGUAGCAAGAAAAGAUUUUGUAUCUCGUAGGUUUAGCAAUAACACACUUUUUUUUAUUUGUUUUUUGUUUUUACAUUUUAAAAUGAAAUUCAUCACCGUACAUAUACAGAGUUUAUGUGCAAAUGUAAAUCACCGUAAAGCAAAUCGCAUCUUAUUCACUGUAAGGCAGCUCCUG